AAUUUCAGAAAUGCAGCUGAAUUUGCUAUUAGGACUUGUUUGCUUUUCAGCAGUCACUGCUAAAAUAUAUUUCAAGGAAGAAUUUUUGGAUGAUGAGUGGGAAAAAAGGUGGAUAAAGUCAAAACAUAAGGAUGAUUUCGGCAAGUGGGAAAUAUCGCAUGGCAAAUUUUACGGUGAUGCUGUGAAAGAUAAAGGUCUCAGGACGGCACAGGAUGCGAAAUUUUAUUCAAUUGGUGCUGAAUUUGACAAAGGUUUUUCAAACAAGGGUAAAUCCCUGGUUAUUCAGUUUAGUGUCAAACAUGAACAAGACAUCGACUGUGGCGGUGGCUAUGUUAAGCUGAUGGCAUCAAAUGUAAAUUUAGAAGAUUUCCAUGGCGAAACUCCUUAUCACAUUAUGUUUGGUCCUGAUAUUUGUGGACCUGGUACAAAGAAAGUCCAUGUCAUAUUCCAUUACAAGGGUAGGAAUCACAUGAUCAAGAAAGACAUCCGAUGCAAGGAUGAUGUCUUCACUCAUCUUUACACAUUGAUUGUAACUCCUGAUAAUACCUACGAAGUCCAGAUUGAUGGCGAGAAGGUUGAGUCUGGUGAGUUGGAAGCAGAUUGGGACUUCCUCCCUCAAAAAAUUAAGGAUCCAGAUGCAAAGAAGCCAGAAGACUGGGAUGAACGGGAAUACAUUGAUGAUGAGGAUGACAAGAAACCCGAAGACUGGGACAAGCCGGAACACAUUCCUGAUCCCGAUGCUAAGAAACCGGAGGACUGGGAUGAUGAAAUGGACGGAGAAUGGGAACCACCGAUGGUUGACAAUCCAGAAUAUAAAGGAGAAUGGAAGCCGAAGCAGAAAAAGAAUCCUGCAUACAAGGGCAAAUGGAUUCAUCCAGAAAUCGAUAAUUCAGAAUACACUCCAGAUGAUAAUUUGUACGUUUAUGAGGAUAUUGGAGCAAUUGGAUUUGAUUUGUGGCAAGUAAAAUCAGGGACCAUUUUCGACGACAUCAUUGUGACAGACAGUGUGGAGGAGGCCAAAAAGUUUGGUGAAAAAACAUUGAAAAAAACGAAGGAAGGUGAGAAGAAAAUGAAAGAAAAACAAGACGAGGAAGAAGAAAAGAAAAGGAAGGAAGAAGAGAAGAAGACAGACGAAGAAGAAAAGGAGGAGGAAGGAAAGGAAGAGGGAGAAAAGGGGGAAAGCGAAAAGAAAAAGGAUAGCGAAGAACACGAAGAGUUGUAAAUCAGUGGACAUUGCGUGCCAGAAUAAUUUUAUUGGCACACCAAUUGCCAUAUCGGUUUUCCUGAUAUGUGGCAUUGUUACUUUUUACGCUAGGAUCUCCUUGGGAAAAUUUAAUCAAGAUUUUGGGAAGAAUUUUAAUACUGCAGAAGUAAUGUAAAAAAAAGAAGGGUUUGGCGCUGGGGAUACUUUUGUUUCUAAUUUAUUCAUUCGAUAUUCGUAAUUUGUUGAUGCAUUAUCCUCAUUUCUCUCCCUCUUAUUUCGCUUCUUGAUUUUGUUUAUUUGUUCAGAUCAGGAAUAAAUAUUUUUAUUCUUAUAAAAUGUUUAAGUACCG